AUGACUCCCAAGGUCAAGCCCCGACAGCCGUCGAAGGCCACGCCGAAGGCGAAGGCCAAGCCCGCGGCUGCCCGGCCAGAGCCAGAAGAGCGCCCGCCAGUCCCGCCCCGCACGCUGCGGCAGCAAGUGUGGGACACACCACGAGUGCUUCUCUCGCAGAUUUGUGAGGUCUGCGACCGCGUCAAGGGGUGCCGCUGCACGACUUGCCUCAGCUCCUACGUGCCGAGCGUGCAGGCAAGGCUGGCGCGGUCUUGCGAUGCCGAUUGGAACGACCGCGCAGAGACCCGGCUGGGCGACGCCUUGCACCACGUCGCCCGGCGCUUGGGCCGGCACCCGGGUGCCAUCCGGGAACGACAGGCUGCAGUGUUCAGCACUUUCCACCAGCUCGUGACCGGCGAAGCGACCGCUCGGGACUGGGCUGGACAGUUGCCGCCCGACCCGCCGCAGCCUCAGACACUGACUGCAGAAUCGAAACGGAAGACGUCAUGCAUACCUGGCAGGUAUCCCGACGUGAACCAUGGGUCCAGCCACGAGGAGCGGUGCUUGCGCUUCGACAUGGCCGCGGCGGCACGGACAGCAGCGAAAGCCGCGCAAGACGCGGCCACGGCGGCAAGGGCAGCGGAGGCCCGGAAGCUGGCUGCGGCCGAAGCAGGCACCGCAGAAGCAGUCGAGGCCAAGCCGAAGGCUGCGACGACAGACAAAGCCGCCAAGAAGGCCAAGGCCAAGGCUAAAGCCCGCGCAGCAGCGGCAGCGAAGGCCGAGGCACUGGCAGCCAAAAAAGCUGAGCGGCGGCAGCGCAGAGAGCAGCGGCGCGCGGCGAAAGCUAAGGAAGAG